AUGAAGAUGGAGUCAGCAGCAGAGGCUCAGCAGGGGACGGAGACUGCUGUGACUGAGACGGAAAACCAGCAGAUCACCCCGGGACAGAUCGCCACCUUGGCACAGGUAACCAUGACAACAGGCCACGCUUCAGCAACGGGUCCCACGGUAACGCUGGUGCAGCUUCCCAACGGACAGACGGUUCAGGUGCACGGCGUCAUCCAGGCUGCACAGCCAUCUGUCAUCCAGUCUCCACAGGUCCAGGCUGUACAGCUAAACGCUCUCAUGAUGUAUUUUAAUGUGUGUGUUUGUUUAUUCCAGAUCUCCACCAUAGCAGAAAGUGAGGAUUCACAGGAGUCAGUAGACAGUGUGACCGACUCUCAGAAACGCAGAGAGAUUCUUUCCCGACGCCCCUCAUACAGAAAAAUCCUGAACGACCUCUCGUCAGACGCGCCGGCCGUCCCUCGGAUUGAGGAGGAAAAGGCGGAGGAGGACUCGUCAGCUGCUGCCACCACGCCCUCCAUCACCACGGUUACAGUCCCUACACCCAUCUACCAGACCAGCAGCGGCCAAUACAUUGCAAUCACACAGGGCGGGGCUAUCCAGCUGGCUAACAACGGUACAGACGGGGUCCAGGGCAUCCAGACUCUGACCAUGACCAACGCAGCAGCAGCCGCUCAGCCCGGAGCCACCAUCCUCCAGUAUGCACAGACCAGCGACGGCCAGCAGAUACUGGUUCCCAGUAACCAGGUGGUGGUUCAAGCUGCUUCUGGUGACGUCCAGGCCUAUCAGAUCCGAGCAGCCCCCACCAGCACCAUCGCCCCAGGGGUGGUCAUGGCCUCUUCCCCAGCCCUCCCUACCCAGGGCGCCACCGAGGAGGUGACCCGCAAACGUGAGGUCCGCCUCAUGAAGAACAGAGAGGCAGCUCGUGAAUGUCGCAGGAAGAAGAAGGAGUAUGUUAAGUGUCUGGAGAACCGAGUGGCCGUCCUGGAGAACCAAAACAAGACUCUUAUUGAAGAACUCAAAGCCCUUAAAGACCUUUACUGCCAUAAAUCUGAGUAA